CAAAUGUUGACAACUUGUGAACUUGACUUUGUUUUUGUGUCAUUUUGUACACUUGUUUUUUUAAUUAUUUAUUAUCAUUUUAAAUAAAUAAAUAACGUAAUAAGACUACUUGUGAUGGGAAAUAUAAAAGAAGACUGAAUAUUCAACUGUUAAUUCUAGACUGUAAUUAGUUACAUGAAGAUUUUAAUGAAUUUAAAUUUUGAGGUUGUGUUUCAAUACUAGGAAAGAGUGAACAAUUUUUUUAUUGUUAAUAAAUUAUCUUUAUUGGUGUGGUUGGUGUAGUAUCUCAAGUAUAUAUUUGAUAGUAUAAAUUUUAUUUCUAUCUACGAUUGAAAUUAUACAUAUUCAUUAUUCAACUUAUUGGAUCAUGACAGAAACACGUGUCUUUGACGUUUGAGGUGAAUGUCCUACCGCACGAAGAAAAAUUAACAUAAAUUUCAAAUUUAAAACUCAAUUGUUAAUUUUUUCGAAAAUUAAAUUUGUUUUUUUAAUAGGAUUUUCGUUUUAAAUAUUUCUGACAAUUGGAAAGUAAACAAAUGGAGGGUGAACAUUGUCAAUAUUUUGUUGAAAGGAAGAAGCGUUAUUGUCGAAUGACAGUGAAAAAGAAUAAUCGAUUUUGCGGUGAACAUCAACCGAAUCAAAGUGAAAAUUUAUCUAAAAAACGAAGGAUUGUGUGUCCUUUAGAUUUCACGCACACAUGCUAUGAAAAUAAAUUGUCAAAGCACUUAAAGGUUUGCAACGCAAAAAUAAAAGACGAGCCUGCUUAUAUUGUGAAGGGAAUUAAUUUGGGAGAUGUGGAUCUAAUACAACCGACACAUAUUCGACUUUCGUUAAUUGACCCAUCGACAGUAAAUUCUGUGAUUGAUAAAAUUAAUUCCGCUUAUGAUCAUUUACCGGAAAUUUCGGAAUUAAUUUUAAGUCAUGAAGUACUCACUGAAGAAUUAAAUAAUCCCACUUAUGGACAUGCAGCAAGGAGACAUUUAUUACAAAAUUCUUCACUGCUAGGACACUUGGAGAAUUCUCAAUUAAUUCAAGAUAACACCUGUUUCAUUGAAUUUGGCGCGGGAAGAGGAAAACUGACUUACUGGUUGGCGCAGGCGAUUAAAGGACAAAGUGGAUCUUCUAUUUUGCUCGUCGAUCGUUCGAGUCACAGACACAAGAAGGACAAUAAACUGAAAAAUGAAGAUAAUUCCUUAAACGUAAAGCGGAUACGUGCGGACAUUGCUGAUUUGAAAUUAAACAAAGUCGAAGAAAUAGGAGAAUCGAACUCAAUAGUUGGAAUUGCAAAACAUCUCUGUGGUUGUGCAACAGAUUUGACUUUAAGAUGUUUAGCGAAACACGAUGAACCAUCUUGUAAAGUUAAUGGACUCAUCAUCGCCUUUUGCUGUCAUCAUCGCUGCGAAUAUUCAUCCUACGUUGGCAAAGAAUAUUUACAAACUUGUAAUUUUUCUGCCGACGAAUUUCCAAUUCUUUGCAGUAUCGCAAGUUGGGCGACUUGUGGUUUUGAGAAGAAUGCCAAACCGAAAAGUCACGACGUCACUUGUGAGCAAAAGGAAAAAUUGGAGAACGAUCUAAAGAUUUUCAAGGAGCGAGAAGAAAUGGGAAGAAAGGUGAAAAUGCUACUAAACUGGGGUCGAUUGGAAUUUCUAAAAAACGCCGGUUUCGAUUGUCGGAUAGUUUAUUACACAUCAAUGGACGCUUCUUUAGAAAAUGUCUGCAUUAUCGCAAAAUUAGACAAUUAGUUUCUUUUUGCAAACAAAUGUUUAUAAGUUUUCUUAAGUGAGCGUUUUCAAUGCGCGUGACUUCUCGUGAAUAACGUGAAUGAAGUCACCUUUUUGAAAGCAUGACGUUCCAUCCCCACUACACAGUUUAUAUCCACCGCCCCGCCCAAUACAAGUUGUGGAAUGUAGUGGUCUCCCAAACAAUUUAUAAAAUUAAUUAAAAUUUGUUUGUUAAAUCGGGCAAAUAAUGUUCCAAAUUAUUUGUGGUUUGAAAUUAUGUUAUAAUAGAAAUUUUUAAUUGAUUUUCCAUCAAUUGAAGUGGUGAAAAAUCGACAUUACUUUCUUUUAAUG